UUGUUCUGUGUUGAUGCUUGACUCAGUGACCUGUUUUACCACAGAUUCUUUAAUCUGAACAUGGAUAAUUCUUGUUGUUUUAAACGGCUAUUCUGCCAGACACGCUCUUCCACCGGAAACAUUUCGUUUCUAACGUAUAACCUAUUAAUGCCAAAGCGGAACUAUUCAGAACUGUUGGACCCAGCGGAGAUCUUGUCCGCGAACUAUACAACUCUGGGCGACUUGAACAAACAUGCACGCAAGAGACGAGCAGUAAAAACAGCGUUCGUUUUAUUAGAUCCGGGGUUGCAGUCGGCAUCGGUAAAGCAUCCGCAUCCUGAAAGAGGCCCGUAAGUGAGACAUUAAAGCAUGUCUCGAAGGCAUAAGUCAUACCAAUAACGCUCUGUCAGUUCUGUACCACCGACUACAAGUAGACGACAAACCCCGACAACUCGCGACAGUCAUCUGUCUGUUACUGAAACGAAAAGUGUAGCGGAGAUUGCGUGUAACGUGGCGAACAAAACUUCAGGUUGAACGGAUUCUUAGGCAUAAUGGAUGUUACCUGCGAUCCUAGAAUUUUAAUUUGUAUUCUCUUGCUCUUUCCAUUGGCCUUUAUUUCCAAUAUCACUAGUGACCCUAUUCGAAUCCACCGCCUUUCGUCCGAAGCAUCACUCAAAUUAUCCACCGACGUUAUCGACAAUCCAUGGAAACAACGACUGGGAAAGAUAUCAACACCUCAUCAAUUGAAAGUGCGGAAAUGGAGUGUCGAGGAAAUCUUACCUCCGUUGGAAAGUUCGAUCGUUCCAUCAUCUGAAAGCGAAUUGAAAAUCCUACCACCAAAACUGUGGCUGAGUUUAUUUAAUAAUCUACAAGUAGCGACCACUAAGGGAUGCACUUGCACUGAUCCUAACCCGCAAGGAGCAACUUUUGGACGCGUUUGCUCGACGACUUGUUUGAAACCGGAGACGUGGUGUAAAUUGCAAACCUGCACUCGUUCGACUACUUUGUCGAUUCUUUAUUCCCUAUUUACUGGAGAACAAAUUCUAGGACAAGAUACAAUCACCUUAUCACAUGUAAGUACCACCCAGAAGGUACAAAUUGACGAAUUAGAUUGUGAAUUGCUCGAAAGCAAAUGCAUCGCAAAAUCCGCAUCGACGCAAGCGAAAGUAAUCGGCGCAUUAGGUACAGGGGCUGCCAUCGCCUUGUCGGUUGGGAUUUCAAAGGACAAGAAAACUAAACCAAAUGAAGAGGAGGAAGAAGAAGAGGAAGAAUAUGACGAAUAUUAUCAAGAACCAGAAUAUUCAAAAAAGUUGUAUCGGAAACCCAAAAGUUAUUUCGAAAAUUUGAAAAGUUCGAUGGUUCCAAUCGAUGAGCAAUUCGAUGAGAUGCCCCGUAGUUUGUUGGGUCUUGCACUGAGAAGAAUAGCACAGCCAGCGGAAGGAACUUGCAGCUGUAGCGUCAGCAUUCCGUUACGAUUCCAGCAAGAAUGUUCAACGACUUGCCUGUCAUCCAAACGACUUUGCGGCAAUCAUUUUUGCACCCGUACAUCCGUUUUCAACGCUUUCCUGUAUCCAACCGGAAGCAAUAGCGAACUAACAACACAAACAUUUCUGUCCGUUAAUAACAAAGAUUGCGAGAAAUUAACUGCCGAUUGCAUCGCAUCGUCCGCCAUCGGCGCUGUGGCCAAAAUUGGCGCUGCUGCUGGACUGGCUGCUGCGGCUUUAUCAUCUGGAAUGGGAGCAGCCGCUAAACUUUUCAUAACUUCAAGUAACAAAAGCAAUGUAACAGCGAAGGAAAGUGAUGGCUUGCAUUCUAAUAAUACCAGUCGCACAUCGAAGAAAUUAAAAUAUUUUGAUUCUUUACUGAAAUCAAAAUCUUUAUUUUAUGAAAUCGGACCAUUCCUGGAAAGUUCAAUCGUUGAAGAAAAGAAUUUGGAAAGGUUUCCCCAAAAUAAUCUCUUUAGUUUAUUUGGUGGACGGGAUGAAUACGAUGAAUGUAAAAAAUGUACUUGCGAUGAUCCAAGUCCAACAGCGGGGACGAUAGGACGAGCUUGUAGCACAACUUGCACAAACAGAGAGACGUUGUGUUCCGGCUCUCGAUCCUGUUACCGGACCACCACCUUCAUGGCUGUUUAUUCGCUUUUUACUGGUUCGCGAUUUUUUUUUUAUGAUCCAGUGUUUGACACCGAAAUAUUACCCAUUUCCACCAUUUUAACCAGAACUUUUUCACAAAUCGACGAAGAAAGAUGUGAAAUUCUCGAGAGCCAAUGCAAUGCAGUUGAUACUUUGGCCAAGGCAAGGCAACCGGCGGCAGACGUGGCUGCCUUGUCGGUCGGAUUGGCCGCUGGACUUAUUGGAAUUGCCAUAAUUAAGGCUAAACAUAGCCAAGUGGACAAUGCAACAUACGAAGAAUAUGGUAAUUAUCCAUACGUACGAAGUCCUUAUGCUAUACGAAAAGGAAGACAAAGAAUGUCAUCAGUCAAAGGACAAAAUCAGAACGGAAUUGAAAUAUCGACUAACCUGCAAACAAGUGAAUUCGACCAACACAACGCUUCGCUGACCCCGCCUAUUAUUGAGAGUUCCAUGGAAGAAAUAUUGAAUGUCCCGACAUUUUUAAAAUUUGCUGGGCGACAAGCGGCAGAUUGCUCGUGUACUCUUGUUGGUGUUUUUCAGACGAGUUGUACAACUACCUGCUUGUCGUCUGAGCAACCGUGUGCUGGUGGAUACUGUACUCGAACUUCCGUUUAUGAGGCCAGCAAAUAUUUAAUGGGCCCAGAGUCGACGAUCUUUGGCACUUAUUCAUUUCUGUCUGUCAAUAAUAAAGAUUGCGAAAAGUUGCUAGUCGAUUGCAGUAUCUCAUCGUCAACUAUGGUGGCGGCGGGAAGAGAUGCCGCAAUCGCCGUUGGAGUUGCCGGAGGUUUAGCGGCCGGAAUUGCAGUGGCAGCUGUGGUCGUCGCCAAUAAUAACCAACAAAACAACAACAAUAAUAAUAAUAAUAUUCAACAAUCAGCUCAAAUCGCUAAUCAAACCCCCGCAAAUAAUUUACCGAUUCCAGUUGUCGGAUUAAGUUUUCCGGAUGACGGAAGUGGUGACAGUUCCAUUCGAUUUCCUGACGGAAAUAUUCAUCCAAUUUUCAGCAGAGGACCUUGUAAUCAAACUCAUUGGGUUACAGUCGACCCCAUUUCAUUACAGGGUGGAUGCACUCUUCGUCUCUGUGAGGAAGACAGAGUUUUCGUUGGCCGGACUGGCCUCUGCCAUGACGUCAACGAUCCACUUGAAUGUCAAGGAGGUCGACGUCUUUAUUACACGGCCUAUGGAGAUCCAAUAUGCGAUUGUCCAAUCGGACAAUAUCCGUUUCCAGACAGCACCAAAGACGAUUGCGUUUCAUUAUUCUCUCGAGGUCCCUGCCCAAAUCGCCAAGUGUUGGUUAUAACUGAGGACGGUCGACUGAGUUGCGAACCCCUCGAAUGUCAGUCGAUUAAUGGAGGAGAUGACGGCCGAUUCCAGCAGUUAGUUCCGGAUGAAAAAGGAACUUGUUUCGCUUUGGGUUCACGCGGACCUUGUUCAUCCACUCAACUGUUGGGUUACGACAUAUUCAAACGAAAAUUGCAGUGUGUUGUCGAUCCUUUCUCUCCUGAAUCUACAGCAUCUCAACAAAACGAACUGGUCGAUGCUGCAGAAAACAGGCAAUUGUAUUCGCAAGAUUACAUCAGUGAACGAAUUGGAUGGAUCGAAUAUUUAAUCAGCAUCAGUUUAUUGCAAAAAAGCAAAUUGAUGGAGCCAAUUGAGAGACAAGACACUGCAGGAAUUCUUCAAUUGCCCAGUUCCUUACCCGAUUCACUCCUUCAACCUUGUCGGACUGGAGCUCGGAGUGACAAUAAUUUCAAAUGCGCCAAUCCUUUAGUGUCUGAUUCCGGUUCUGGAGGGUCUCUUCCUCCGGUGCCUCCAUUAGUCACUUGUCCGACUGACAGUUACUUGACGGCAUCGGGUUCGUGCGUUGAUGACAGUCGAGCGGCCAGUUGCGGACCUUCGACUCGUUUUAACGAAGCAACUGGGCAGUGUCGAUCUUUAUUUUAGUCGGUUUUAUUAUUUAUUCUGAUUCGUACUCACGGAGGUGGUGGAAGUUAAUUUUAUUUUAUUUUCUCUGAUGAGGAUUGUUUAAUUGGAUGAAUGGAAUGUGUUGAUUACUCGGUUGUGGUGUCCCUGGAUCCUUUUUCACACAAUCAACAAAUCAUGGAAAUAAAAGGAUGAGAAAUCAAACUUU